AUGGCGGAUGCUUUAGAAAGAGCCUUUCAAAAUUUUGACUUGUCUGAAACAGAGUUAGGAGGUGUCGAUCUGAGUGGUGAGGACCUGGAAGAAGGCGUCUCUGAGUGUCAAGGAAGCCUGGUAGGAAAGCUGAUUGGUGAAAAAAUUGCCAACUUUACGGGGUUAAAGAACUUUACAAAUCAUGCAUGGGGAUACCCCUCAAAGAUGAAAGUGACUGAGUUAGGUCCUAACUUAUUCCAUUUCCAUCUGGGAGAUGAAGGGGAAAAGAAAAAGAUCUUAUCUGGAGGGCCUUGGGUCAUGGACAACCAGUUGCUGAUAGUGAAGGAGUGGGUAGAGGGGUAUGAUACAAACAGCAGCUUUUUCCAGCAUUCCUUUCUUUGGAUUCAACUAUGGAACCUACCGGUGCACUGGUUGAGCAGAGCAGUGGGUUUGAAAAUAGGAGGGAUCUUUAAAUCAGUGAGGGGAGUGAUUCUCCCAGGAAGUGGUGGGAAAGAGGGUCGCCACAUGAAGAUUAUGGCUGAGGUAGAUAUAACGAAACCACUGGUUAGAGGGACAAAGAUCAACUGUAAGAACCAGGCAGUGUGGGUUGAGUUCAGGAAGGGUGGGGGGGAGAAGCGAGAGGAACAAUAUGGUGCCUGGAUGAGAGCUGGAAAUAUAAUGGUAUCUCCCUUAAAGGGACGGCUGGAAGGAGUAAGUGAAAUUGAUGCAAGGAGGGUGGGGGCAGGGUCUCCUAGUAGUGAAGUUCAAACUGGAGUACAAAUGGCUGGAGAUACAUUAACUCUUGGGGGAAAAAAUGGUAGAGUCUUGGGGGGAAAGGAAAGGGGGGAUAAGGAGAAAAUGAUGACGAGACAAUAUGAAGAGAGGUGGGAUGAGAUUCUAAAAGACAGCAGGCAGUAUGGAAAGGCAAACCAACGGGUGGAAAGUUUGGCUGUGGUCUUAAUGGAGGGAAAUGGUGAAAAGGAGGGUAGGGUACAGGAAGGGAGUAAAGGAGGGAGCAGCGUAAUCCCACCAGUAGAUUAUGAGGAUAUGGAAACGGACAGCUCAAAACAGGAAUGUGAAAGUUUGCGGGUAGGGUCAAUAAAGCAGGAGGAGACAAAUGCAAGAAUGCCAAGAAAGGAGGCUACUCCAGGGGAAGAAGAUAACAAAGCUGAAAAAAGAAGCAGUUUUAAAAGAAGAGGGAGGCCGGCUAAAACAUCCUUAAAGGCAGAUACAAAUGGACAAGUAACGCAGGUUUCGUGUGCUAAAAGGAAGGCUGAUGGUAUGUUUCAGGGAACACAACCGAUAGAGGAGGAUGAUGAUAAUGUACCGAAGGUAAAGGUUAUGAAACUGGAUCUAAUAAAUGUUAGUACAAUAGGGGAAAUGGAGGCUAGCCCCGGAAAGCCUCCAAAGUGUAAAUGA